AUGCAAUUCAAACCUUUCGCAUGGGCGGCUUUGCCUCUGCUUUUGACUUUCAGCGCACUUGCCGAUGGAGCCUCCUCGAAAAGCCGCAUCAUAAAGUCCAUGAAAAGAUACGGUGGCCCAGGUCCCGUAGGCAACUUUAGCAGCAAGGUGUACCAGACCGGCUUCGAUGGCGUGACGUGGGACGAGGAAAACUGGCUUCUCUCCACCAGCAACCUCGAGCCGGGCCGCUUUCAAUCGCGCGGCUCCGUAGCAAACGGAUACUUGGGAAUCAACGUUGCAAGUGUUGGCCCGUUCUUUGAAAUGGACCAGGCGGCGGAUGGUGGCGACGUGAUCAGUGGCUGGCCUCUCUUCUCUCGACGCCAGUCGUUUGCGACUAUUGCUGGCUUCUUUGACUACCAGCCUACAACCGAUGAAGCCAACUUUCCUUGGCUUUACCAGUAUGGGGGCGAAAGUGUUAUUAGCGGUGUCCCUCACUGGAGCGGACUGAUUUUGGAUCUUGGCAACAACACCUAUUUGAAUGCAAUGGUCGACAACAGCACCAUUUCCAACUUUCGCACAACAUACGAUUUCAAAGCAGGACUCUUGCUUUGGACGUAUACAUGGACGCCGACCUGUGACAAAGGCUCAUUUCAGAUUACCUAUCGCCUUUUCACCAACAAGUUCUACAUCAACCAGGCGGUGGUAGACAUGGAAGUUGUACCCUCUUCUGAUUCUCAGGCCACAAUCGUCAAUGUGCUCGACGGAACGUCUGCUGUGCGAACCGACUUUGUGGAUUCCGGUGAAGACGAUGGUGCAAUCUUUUCGGCAGUACGACCCAACGGAAUUGCCAACGUCACAGCCUUCAUCUAUGCCAACUUGACAGGCAACUCGAAUGUGAACCUGACAUCUCGCAAGAUUGUGUCCGAUAAGCCGUAUAUUGGUGCCAACCAGUCGUCGAUUGCUCAGUCCGUGGAUGUCAACUUCAAGGCAGGCCAAGCGGUACGAGUUACAAAGUACGUUGGCGCAGCAUCCACAGAUGCAUUCGCCGACCCACAGCAGGUAGCCAAGGAGGCGGUCACAUCUGGGAUGGCGAAUGGAUAUUCCAAGUCCCUUCUCGCUCAUCUUAGAGAGUGGGCGAGUGUCAUGCCCGACAACUCGGUUGAUAGCUAUGCUCUCCCUGGCAAUGGCAGUCUGCCAGCUGAUACCUACAUCGUUGACUCGUCCGUGAUUGCGGUGGUUAAUCCCUACUACCUGCUGCAAAAUACCGUUGGUCAAAAUGCCAUCAAACAGGCCGGUGGAGCCGCCGUGAAUGUUGACAGCAUUUCCGUUGGCGGCUUGACCUCGGAUUCCUAUGCUGGGCUGAUUUUCUGGGAUGCUGAUGUCUGGAUGCAGCCUGGUCUGACCACCUCACACCCGCAAGCUGCGGAUCGCAUUACCAACUACCGUGCAGAGAAGUAUGGAAUGGCUCAAGAGAACAUCAAGACCAACUAUGCGGGGUCGCAGAACAAGACCCAGUUUUCAUCUGCGGCAGCCAUCUACCCGUGGACGAGUGGCCGUUUCGGCAACUGCACGGCCACUGGUCCUUGCUGGGACUACGAAUAUCAUCUUAAUGGUGAUAUCGGACUUUCUCUGAUCAACCGAUGGGUUACCAGUGGUGACACGCAAACUUUCAAGGACAUCCACUUCCCGAUCUACGACUCCGCUGCUACUCUUUUUGCAGACUUGGUGGUGCGCAACGGGUCUAAGUGGACCCUCAAGAACAUGACCGAUCCGGAUGAGUACGCCAACAUGAUCAAUGCUGGUGGCUACACAAUGCCACUCAUCGCCAAGACUCUCAAAAAUAGCAAUGCUUUCCGCCAACAAUUUGGCCUUGAGGAAAACUCAACUUGGGGCGAGAUGGCAGAUGAUGUACUGGUACUUCGCGAAAACGGAGUGACUCUAGAGUUUACGACUAUGAAUGGAAGUACCGUGGUCAAGCAGGCUGACGUUGUCCUCGACACUUAUCCACUGGACUACACCUCCAACUACACCACUCAAGAUUCGCUGAAUGACCUGGAUUACUACGCAAAUAAGCAGUCGCCUGAUGGACCUGCCAUGACAUGGGCCAUCUUCUCGAUCGUGGCAAAUGACGUUUCACCCUCUGGCUGCUCAGCCUACACCUAUGGGCAGUAUUCAUACCUCCCAUAUGCUCGUCCUCCAUUUUUCCAAAUGUCAGAGGAGUUGAUCGACAAUGCCACGCUUAAUGGAGGCACUCAUCCGGCGUUCCCGUUCCUUACUGGCCACGGUGGUGCUAACCAGGUGGCUCUGUUCGGCUACCUGGGUCUUCGUCUGAAGCCUGAUGACAUCCUUCACGUGGAUCCCAAUCUGCCAAUUCAAAUCCCAUAUUUGAAGUAUCGGAUGUUUUACUGGCGUGGCUGGCCCAUCAACGCUUGGUCUAACUACACCCACACCACAAUCAGGCGGGCCAUUGACACGCCGCCUCUCAACACUGCGGACCAGCGCUUCGCCAACACGACAAUUACUGUGCAGUCCGGCAGCGAAGCCAACAUGACCACGUACAGUCUUCCUGCAAACCGAUCCAUCGUUCUUCCCAAUCGCCAGAUUUCUUCGAUGAAAACGAUCAAUGGUAACCUGGUGCAGUGCCAGCCUGUCCAGUCAACUGACGCCUACGAACCCGGCCAGUUCCCAAUCUCAGUGGUCGACGGUGCAACCUCGACCAAAUGGCAGCCAGCCCUCGCGGUCAACUUGAGUGCAGUCACAGUCUCGCUUGGCAAAGAGGCCGGCUCCAUGGUCACGGGCUUCUACUUCGACUGGGCCCAAGCACCCCCUGUCAAUGUGACCGUGCUCUUCCACAACCAGACCCUUGACAACCCCGCCAUGGCUUACAUGGCCUCGAACCAGAGCUCCGCGUUCCAGGUGGUGACGUCUCUGAAUGAUGUUCAAAUUUCGUCCCCAUAUGACCCGAAGACCACCAACUUCGAUGCCAUUGUCAUGCCUACCAGCAACAGUACGAACGUGACACUCUCGAACCCUGUGCCCGCCGCGCAGUAUGCAUCCCUCCUGAUUAUUGGUAAUCAGGGACUCGAUGCUGCUGAUUUGGCGGCCGGGAAUGGCACCGGUGCUACUGUUGCGGAGUGGGGCAUUAUUGGCCAGGGGAAGAGUGGUCAGGGUAAGUCAUCUCAAAACGCUCCGAGAGCGAUCAAUGUGCACGCGGCAGCAGCUAUGGCGGACCAGGGGUCUUUCAUGAAGCGCCAUCAGCAGUUUGUGCCUACGAACUAA